CGAACCGCUGCCGCCGAUCGCUCACUCGCUCGCUCGUCCGCCUGCGCUCGGUGCGCGCGCGCCCCACCAUCCACAUGCACUGGAACCAUGGAUGCAACCCUCUACCAGAUCAUAUUCGGGGAGCUGCUGGACUUAAAUUGCACUUUGCUGGACGCGUUUCAAGACACUUUGUGGGAAAAUGCUUCACUUUCACUCUUGGGCACUGAUGGUUUCUACUGUAACGCCACUAUUGAUGAGAUUGGCACCUGCUGGCCACGGAGCAGCACCGGGAGGAUUGUGGAGAGACCCUGCCCUGAGUACAUUAACGGAGUCAAGUACAACACUAACAGGAGCGCAUACAGAGAAUGCAUGGAGAACGGCACAUGGGCGCUAAGGAGCAAUUAUUCAAAUUGCAUGCCCAUUUUGUGGGAGAAGAGAAUGUAUCCUGUACAUUACAAGAUAGCGCUGAUCAUCAACUACCUGGGCCACUGCAUCUCUGUGGGGGCGCUAUUAGUGGCCUUCAUCCUCUUCUUGUGCUUAAGGAGCAUACGAUGUUUGCGCAACAUCAUCCACUGGAACUUAAUUACCACCUUCAUCUUGAGGAACAUCAUGUGGUUCCUGCUGCAGUUCAUCGACCACAACAUCCACGAGAGUAACGAGCCGUGGUGUCGUCUGAUGACCACCGUCUACAACUACUUUGUGGUCACCAACUUCUUCUGGAUGUUUGUGGAGGGCUGCUACCUGCACACAGCCAUCGUGAUGACCUACUCCACCGAUAAGCUACGCAAGUGGGUCUUCCUCUGCAUCGGCUGGUGUAUCCCAUGUCCAAUAAUCAUAGCCUGGAGCAUCGGGAAGCUGUAUUAUGAAAAUGAAAAGUGCUGGUUUGGGAAGGACCCAGGCAAAUACAUUGACUACAUUUACCAAGGGCCUGUCAUUCUCGUGCUACUGAUAAACUUUGUUUUCCUCUUCAAUAUAGUCAGAAUACUGAUGACUAAACUGAGGGCGUCGACCACCUCGGAAACCAUCCAGUACAGAAAGGCAGUGAAGGCCACGCUGGUGUUGCUUCCGCUUCUGGGCAUCACCUACAUGCUCUUCUUUGUCAACCCGGGCGGGGACGACAUCUCGCAGAUCGUCUUCGUCUAUUUCAAUUCCUUCCUGCAGUCCUUCCAGGGCUUCUUUGUGUCCGUCUUCUACUGCUUCCUUAAUGGGGAGGUUCGCUCGGCGGUGAGGAAACGCUGGCACCGGUGGCAAGACAAUCACGCCCUGCGGGUGCGAGUUGCUCGAGCCAUGUCCAUCCCCACGUCCCCAACGCGGGUCAGCUUCCACAGCAUUAAGCAGACCACCGCUCUGUGAAAACACACACACUGGUUAACAUGCGUGGUAGGGACCAGCAACCGCACUGGUGAGGUCAUCGGCUCUAACGGCAAACGGCUGUCCAACGGGCAUUUUAUCAAGAACCGGGACGGCGGACCAGGGUUUCAGCGCCGUCUUGGCUGGCGUGAAGCGGGUCAUUGGUGGUUGUGGUCAUUGUUCCUUGUAUUGCCAGCCAUUUUGGAGCAUUCAAUACUUACAGAAUAUCGAGUUCUGUGACAAUAUAAGCCCUCCCAAAAGAAAGAACAGCGGUUUGUUCCACCCAAAACAAAAUCUUAAAAAGAAACGUCAAGCAGAACGGCAUUUUGAUGCUAAUAUCUCUUUUUUUUUUUUUUUACACUAAUAACAUCAUAAAAUAAAACAAACUAGACUGGAAGGGCUUUUAAUGGCAAAAUAACUUACUCAAAGAUAUACAACUAUGAAACGUGCCAUUAUUUACUGUAUCGAUAUGCAUGGAUAAAUAAAAAUGCAUCUCUAAACAUAAUAAACAACGCAUAAAUAGGCCAACCAAUAAAAAGUAGACAACAUUUUCAGAGGUACAUAUGUGAAAUUAGCAGAAUUGUGCUAUAGUUAGCCAACUGUGCUCAUGCUAUUUUUGACAAUAUUUAUAUGCGGCGCUAGCCACAUUUAAGGUUUGACAAAGACAAACGUGUCAAACUUCUCAUCUUGUUUACAUGAUCUUUUUAUUUUGUGCUGUUUUGAACUGUAAAUGAAAGACAUUUAUCAUGGAAAGUGGUUCGAUGCUUAUGUUUCUUUCACUGUAUAUUCAUAACUCUUAAUAUGGAUUUGUAAAGUGUACAUUUGAUCAAAUUAGUAUUUUGUACAAGUUUAAUACAUCACCCAGGGCAUUGCGCUGUAUGUACACUUGCUGUAUGGGAACCGUCGUAGAUGUUGUCCAGAUGAUACAUUUAAUAUAAAGUCGUGCCUUGAUUUAGGAGUUCCAUUGUUCCUCGAUCACCGUCUCUAUCUCAAAACACUUGUAAAUCUUAUCUAAAAAAAUACCCUCAUAAGUCCGGUCACUCAAAAGUCAGGGUACCAAUUCUAUAUAAAUGUGUGUGUGUCAUUGUGUCAUAUGUGUGUACACAGAUGUAUUAUCACUUAAUGGUACAAAAAUGUCCACAUGUAAUUGUAUUUUUGUUGAAAGAAAGAACAAAAUCAUUUGUUCCAAACCUGCCAAAGAGGACUCCAACAUGUUACGUCAAGACCGUCUUAUGAAAAGCAUCUACAAAGUCAAGAAAGACAAAUUAGUAUAUUCUGGUGAUAACCUUGUUUAUCACAUUUGAUAUAUACUGUAUAUAACGUGUAUAUUUGACGCGCGGAUUUGAUGGAAAGCAGUUUGCUAUCCCACCUGUUUUGCCUUACAAAAAAAAAAAAAAAACGUGUGCGUCUGUGUCUAAAUGACAUCCUUGUCAAUCAAAAAAGAGGAGUAUUUCAAUUAAAAGA